CAGACGAUGGUAUAACUUGAGUCCGAGUGAGUACAUGUGAAAAAUCAAGCAACCAAUCGGCACGUUUCAGUUUUGGUUAGCCAUUAUGAGGAACAGAAAUAGCCAGCCACUCCAAAGUCCCCUUCUUUCCCUACCAUCAUCAUCAGAAUGGCAAAAAUACUGAAGGAAUUUACGGCUGAAGAGGUCGCGCAGCAUAACAAGGAAGGCGACCUCUGGAUCAUCAUCGACGCCAAAGUAUACGACCUCUCCCGGUUCGCUGCCAUGCACCCCGGCGGCUCCAACGUCCUCUUCGCAGAGGGUAUCGCCGGACAAGACUCCACCGAGACCUUCUUCGGCCUUCACCGUCACGAAGUUCUGCUGAGGCCUCAGUAUGCGCGGCUCCAGAUUGGUGUCGUCGCAGGCGAGGAGGAGGCCAUCAAGGCUCCGGUGCCUGGGGCUGUUUCGCAAGUUCCGUAUGGUGAACCGACGUGGUUGGCGGAGGGGUUCAAGACUCCGUAUUAUACUGAUAACCACCGGGCGUACCAUAAGGCUGUGAGGACUCUCAUGCAGACUGUCGUUGAGCCCGAGGCGCUGAGGUGUGAGGCGAAUGGAAAGCGGAUAUCGCAGGCCGUGGUUGACAAGCUCUGCGAAAACAACUUCAUUGCCAUGCGUCUAGGUCCUGGGAAGCACCUCAAGGGUCGCGUACUGAUGGGCGGCAUAACGAAACCCGAAGAAUUCGACUAUUUCCACGAACUCAUCCUCAACGGCGAGAUCGCGCGUUUCGGCACGCGCGGGUUCCUCGAUGGGCUCUUGAACGGCGACGUCAUCGGUCUUCCUCCCAUACUCAACUACGGCUCCCCCGAGAUCCAAGCAAAGGUCGUCCCAGAGGUUCUCUCAGGCAAAAAGUACAUCGCGCUCGCUAUCACGGAGGCCUUUGCGGGAAGCGAUGUCAGUGGGUUGCAGACGACUGCUGUAAGGGAUGGGGAUUACUGGGUUGUUACUGGGACGAAAAAGUGGAUCACGAAUGGGACUUUUGCGGAUUAUUUUACGACGGGGUGUAAGACCGAGACAGGGUUCACGGUCAUCCUCAUCGAGCGCGGGGAGGGUGUGGAGACGAAGCCUAUCAAGACGGCGUAUUCUUCUGCGGCUGGGACGGCGUAUGUGACGUUCGACAAGGUUCGGGUCCCGGUUGGGAACACGCUGGGGAAAGUGGGCAAUGGGAUGUCUGUAAUUUUGAGUAAUUUCAAUCAUGAGAGGUGGAUGAUCACUGCGUCUAGUUUGGCUUCGCAGAGGUUGAUUGUGGAGGAGUGUCUCAAAUGGGCCUCGCAGCGGAAAGUGUUUGGAAAACCCCUCAAUUCGCAAGCUGUGAUUCGGCAUAAGCUUGGGAGGAUGAUUUCGAGGGUCGAGGCGUGUCAGAAUUGGGUUGAGAGUGUUACGUAUCAGAUGAAUAAUAUGUCAUACAGCGAUAUGUCUAGUAAGCUCGCUGGACCGAUUGGGUUCCUCAAACAGUUCGUGUCGAAAUGCGGUCGGGAGACUGCUGAAGAUGCGACGAUGAUAUUCGGUGGACGCGCUCUUACGACGACAGGUAUGGGCAAGUUUGUGGAGAAUUAUCAUAGGACGUCUGGUUAUGAUGCUAUUCUGGGUGGUACGGAGGAUAUCUUGUCAGAUUUGGGAGUGCGUCAGGCGAUGAAGAAGAUGCCUAAGGAUGCGAGGCUGUGAUAGAACUGAGAUCGUUUUGUUGGUGUUGAAAAACUUUUUUGUUCUUGUAUGUACGUGGAAAUCAAUCCGUAUCCUGAACGCUUACUACGUUCAGAUGUACAUGUCUCAAGAAACCAGAGAAAUGAUAAAAUGAUAUUAUCGCAAGGCGGUGGUGGUGGCGUUAACGCCACCACCACCAGGUCCCAAUAGGGAACGGCCGGGUCCACCUGCAAAGGC